AUGGCGCCGCACGACGACGAGGAAGAGCCGGAGCCGGUCCAGCCCAAGACGCUCGCCGCCGCGGAGGACGGCUUCACGUGCGGCGCGCUGUGCAUGCUCUUCCCGGGCUUCUCCAAGAGGAAGCCCGCGGCCGCCUUCGCCGCCGGUACCACAACCGCGGGCACGGCCUUGUCGUCGAGCAUGCAGAGGCGGCAGCAGUCGGGCUUGAGGCCUCGCCGCAGCAGCGCGUCGCGGGUGGCGUCGCUGGAGAGGUUCGAGUGCGGGUCGUGGAGCCCUCCUCCUCCUCCUCCUCCGCCACCGCCGCCCGUGGACGCCGUCGGCUGCCACGCGACGGAGGUGGCCAAGACCAGCUGCGCGGACGACGAUGCGGAGGCGCCGGUCAAGAUGGUGUUCGUGUUCGACGGCGAGCCGCCCGCGGCGACGAGGGGGAUCCUGAAGAACUCGGCGUCGUCGCGGCUCAUCGACUCGGCCAGGCCGUCGACGUCGUCGCAGAGGCACGUGAGGUUCUCGACGGCGGUGGCGGCGGAGGCGGCGUCGUCGUGCCCAUCGUCGCCGUGCAUGACGCCGCGUCUGGCGAUGGCCAGGGCGGAGUUCCACGCGUUCUUGGAGGCGCAGAGCGCGUAG